CAAUUCUAUAAAUACAAUUGCGCAGGCACUAGGAUUUUGUAAAUAGCAGAUUUGAGAGCUUAAAGUAUGGGAGACCUCCUGAAGGAGUUGCCUUCAUUUAAUAGGCACAAUUUUUCAAAAUACGCCACUGAUUCGGCGACCAAACCCACGAAUCGUAGACCUGUAGUCUAUUUACCCACAAAAGAGGAUGGAACAACUGAACAAGUUAUUGUGACAGACAAAGCGAAUAUUUUAUUGAGAUAUCUUCAUCAGCAAUGGGAAGUUAAAAAUACUCAGUCAGGUAAAAAGCGUGACAUUGUAAGUGCAGAUCUUCCAGAAACCUCAGAGCUUAAUCCAUCAAGAAAGGCAAAACGACUAGAUCAUGAAGAUUACAGUCCUCCAGAUUGAACAGCACUCAAUACAAGCAGAAUUAUAAAUUAAUGUUAUUGUUCAACAACAGCGUCAGCUUGUGUGUAGGAAAGACACAUCUAUCAUAAGUUGAAAACUGAAGUAUUGAUUAGAAGCAGUAAUUAACAAUUUUCAGUUGCAACUGUUGACCGUCAAUCAAUGAGUAUCAGACACUAGAUAUUUAUUUUAAUAAUAAUGUUAUUUGACUUCUUCCCUUCUAAAGUGAACUUUAUAGGGAAAUAACCAACUGAGCGGUCUCCUUCUUAGUCUAUGCACUUGUUACUUCCCUUAUUGGGGACUAAGGCAAAAAGAAAUGCAUUUAAGCAUUGUUACUAAUUAUUCAGCAAGAGGAAAAGGACAAGGAAAUGAAAAUGAUUGUUUGGUCUUUUUGCUCGCCUCAGCUGGUUUUACCCUAGUCCAAGAGAUCUUGUUAGUUGAACCUAAAAUUAUUAUUGGCAAUUUAUUAUAAUUUGACAAUACUAUAUUUUCUGGAUCAAAACACUCCCAGUGUUCAAACAUGGCCUGUUGGACCUGGUAUUAUACCUGCUUUCAGUGUUACGUGCAUAGGCGACAUCUUUCGACCAUCUCUCGACAUUCCAUCUUUCGACAUGCUAUGUAAAUGGCAGAAAGACCGUUUACCUGUGAAACUGGCAAUUUUUCUGGUUAUUAGCAGAACAAAUGACAAGUAUAUGAUAAUUACUGACCUCAAAUGAAUG